AGCUUGGCAGUGGUGAUGGACUUCAUCAUGGCAGACGGUCAAGUCCACAUAAAGAUAGCGGUACUGUUAGCCAACUUAUACUUUCUCUCGGUCUAUGGAAACACCUCAGAACCAUAUUUCAUGGUGACAUUUCCUGCAGUAAUAGAGUCUGGAUCCGUUGCAAAGAUCUGCAUGAGUGUUUUGAAGCCUAAUGAGAUUCUGCAAAUGAGCAUUUAUCUGGUUCACAACAACGAGAGCAGAACUCUUUUACAAGACAAAGUGGACAAGGAGAUUCACCAGUGCUUUCAUUUUGAGGCUCCACAUGUUAAAGAUAAUUCAGUGCAAGAGAUCAAAGUAGACGUCAAAGGUGAAAGUUUUAAGACGACAGAAAAAAGGAAAGUGAUGUUUAAACCCUAUGGCAGGUUGUUUUUUAUUCAGACUGAUAAGCCAAUCUACAAUCCAGGCCAAACAGUGAAUUUUAGAAUUGUCUCUACGGAUGUAAAUUUUAUUCCAGUUGAGCAAAAGUACACCACAGUGAGUCUUCAGGAUAAUCACCAAAACAGGAUUGGUCAGUGGACAAAUGUGUCAUCAAGUGGUCUAAUAGUGCAGCUUUUUCAUGAACUAAAUUCUGAAGCUCCAGAGGGAAGUUACAAGAUAACUGCGAACACUGGAAAUAGGUUGAUCACACACGAUUUUAAGGUGGAAAAGUAUGUUCUACCCAAGUUUAAGGUUACAAUAAAAGAACACAUUGUCGGGGAGGAGGAAUUGAAGCUUGAAGUUUGUGCACACUACACAUAUGAACAACCAGUUCCUGGUCAAGCAGAAGUAAAGGCGUGCGGAACAUCGGGGAUGAGUUAUCUUUGCAUAGUUUCCUUUCCCGGAUUAGAGUUGGGUCAGAAUGGAUGUGGAUUUAUUAUCCUCAAUGUAUCAAAUUUCAGGAAUCAGCUUGUUGCUACCAUUCUCUUCAAAGAAGAAGGAACAGAUAUUUCUGUGGAGAAAUCUAAAGAAAUAAGACUGUCUUUUCAAGUUGGUAAAGUAGAAAUACUUGUUUCACAAAAUAACUUUGAAUGGGGGAAUGCUAUAAAAGGAAAGGUGAAAGUUACUAACUACAAUGGAACACCAAUUGCAAACAAAAAGGUAUAUCUUCGGGAAAAAAAUCAACAGGCCAAAAAUAUAUCACUUAUUCUCACUACAGAUGGUAACGGAUUAGCAAACUUCUCAGUUGCUUCACCUAAACCUCCCACAACAUCGAUAACAUUAACGGCAAGUGUUUAUUCGAGGAAAAGACAUCAUGCAUACAAAGCACCAUUCUUUGCAAAUGCUGAAGUAAAUAUAAAGCAGCUGCAACCUGACACAACUUACAGUCCAAUGUUCAGUGAACUGUCGAUAGAGAGCUUAGAGGAACAGCUUAGGUGUGGUGCUGAAAUUCCCAUAACCGUUUACUACUAUAUUGUUGGGGAAACUACUAGAAGUUACAGUAUUGAUCUUAUAUACAUGGUUUUAUCUAAAGGAGUCAUAGUCCAUCAUGGUCAUGAGAAAGUUGAAGUGGAAGACUCUUUAGAAGCCAGAAAAGGAAAAAUCUUAUUAAACUUAUCUAUUGUUGCUGAAAUGGCUCCUGUAAUGCACAUUGUGGUGUACUCUGUUCUGCCCAGUAAGAGAGUCAUCGCUGCAAGAAAGACUUUUGAUGUGGAGAAAUGUUUUAGCAAUAAGGUUUCGCUACAGUUCUCUCCCACCAAGUCAGUUCCUGGUGAGAAAAACACUCUUAAGCUCUCAGCUCAUCCUGGUUCACUGUGUGGCCUCAGUGCUGUGGAUCAGAGUGUCUUUAUCGUGGAGUCUGGAGAUCGUCUAAACAUUGAAAAGAUAUAUAAUUUGUUGCCAGUAACAUCAGUAUCAGGUUACCCCUUAAUGGUUGAAGAUAAUCGGGAGUGUUUGCAGGUUAGACACAGCCGGCAAGUACAGAGUGACCGUGUUUAUGAUACAUUAAAGGGAGUAGGACUGAAAAUGGCAACAAAUUUGGCUGUUGGAGUACCUCAGUGUUUGAGGUACAAAGGUGUGAUGUAUCAUCAUAUAGAGAAUUCAAGUGGUCGUGUUGGCUUAAAAUCGGAGCAAAUGGAUCUUUAUGACCCACCGGAUUAUCUGCUACCCAUCGGUAAAGAUCGAGAAUUCUUUCCAGAAACUUGGAUAUGGCAACUUGUUGAAGUGGGGGACUCAGGAUCAGUGCAGAUUCCUGUUACUGUUCCCGACACCAUCACCACUUGGGAGACAGAAGCUUUCUGUGUGUCCCCUAAAGGUCUGGGACUGGCUCCUACCAUUCAGCUUACUGUGUUUCAGCCCUUCUUUCUGGAGCUCUCGAUGCCGUACGCAAUUAUCCAGGGAGAGGUUUUUGAACUGAAGGCCACUGUCGUCAAUAAUCUUUCCAAAUGCAUUAUGGUUAAAGUGACUCCGUCCCCUUCCUCAGAUUACAGGCUGGAGCCGUCUUCUGAUGGCAAAUAUUCAUCCUGCCUGUGUGCAAACAGCAGAAAGACUUUUAAAUGGACUCUGAUUCCCUCUGUGCUUGGAGUCGUGAAUGUGACAGUGAGUGCAGAGGCAGAACAAUCUCAGACUAUGUGUGACAAUGAGAUUGUGAGUGUUCCAGAGAGAGGCCGCAUUGACACAGUUAAGCGAAGUCUGAUUGUACAGGCUGAAGGAACUGAAAGGACGAAGAGCCAAAGUUGGUUAUUAUGCCCACAAGGCAGCAGUGUUUCAGAGGAGUUCGAGCUGACACUUCCUGAGAAUGUGAUAGCAGGAUCAGCACGAGCUUCUGUUUCAGUGCUUGGAGACACACUUGGCCGUGCUUUAAGAAAUCCAGAUAAGCUGCUAAAGAUGGUAAAUCACUGCGGCGAAGGAAACAUUGCUCUCCUGUCCUCCAAUAUCUGCAUCGUUCAGUAUCUAAAGAACACUGAGCAGCUCACCACAGCUGUCCAAAACAGCUCUACUCGUUUCCUUAAGAGUGGAUACCAGAGGCAGCUAAAGUAUAAAGACAAUAAUGGUGCAUACAGCACAUUUAGCGGAGGAAAAGGAAGCACAUGGUUAACUGCUUUUGUAUUGAGGACAUUGGGCAAAGCACAACAUUAUAUCUUUAUUGAUCCAGAAAUUAUUGAUAGUGCAAAGCAAUGGCUUAUAAGUAUGCAGAGAUCAGAUGGCUGUUUUAUACAUCAUGGACAUUUCUACGAUAACAGAAUGAAGGAUGGUGUAAAUGAUGAUGUGACCAUUACUGCCUACAUCACUUUGUCAUUUCUCGAAUUAGGCAUGACAGUACAGGAUCCUGUUGUGAAUAAAGGACUUAUGUGUCUUAGGUCUUCCACUGGUAGCCUGGCAAACACCUACACCACUGCACUGUUGGCGUACACUUUCAGUCUGGCUAGAGAGAAUGAAACUCGGGAGCAACUACUAAAAGAGUUGAAUAGUGUUGCUAUUACAGAAGACGGUAAUCUUCACUGGUCCCAGUCAACAUUAGAUGACUCUGGUGCAUUCUCAGUGGAAAUCAGUUCCUAUGUGCUGCUAGCCGUUCUUACUGCAGGUCAACUCUCUGCUGCUGAUUUGGGUUAUGCUAAUAGGAUAGUCAGGUGGCUGGUGAAGCAGCAAAAUCCCAGUGGAGACUUUUCCUCUACUCAGGACACAGUUGUGGCUCUCCAAGCUCUGGCUCUGUACUCCACUAAAGUGUUCAGCUCAGACGGCUCUAGUUCAGUGACAGUAAAGUCAUCAGGAGGAGACAGACACUCCUUUGACGUAAACGAGAACAACAAGUUGCUGUACCAAGAAAGAUCAUUGCAGGAUAUUCCUGACAAAUACAACAUUGAAGUAAAGGGUUCCACUUGUGUGUCAGUGCAGACCGCACUUUUCUACAAUGUCCCUACACCUACUGAAACCAGUACACUGAGUAUCAUGGCUACAACUGAGGAGAGCUGCACAAAAUCAUUCAGACAAACUCUGACUAUCAAAUUCAGUGUCACGUAUAAUGGGAGACUAAACAGCACUAACAUGAUCAUAGUGGACAUUAAACUCUUAUCAGGGUUCACAGCUGAUCCUGAUGAACUUGAAACACAAAUUUUGGUGGACAAAGUUGAUUCCAAAGAAGACCAUAUUGUCAUGUAUAUCAAAAAGCUCCAAAGAAAUAUUCCUAUCAGCUAUGAGCUACACAUUCAACAAGUGUUUCCUGUCAAGAAUAUCAAGCCAGCUGUGAUCAAAGUUUAUGAUUACUACAAAACAAGUGACCAGUCUGAGACGGAGUACACCUCACUCUGUGUGUAAGCUUCCAGAUCUGCAUUAAAGAUAUACAGAAAAUCAUUGGACAUCAUCUUUGUUGGUUUGAAUUUGUGCAUAAGACAUGCAUGUUGUUAGUGUUAAUAAAUAUACAGUUACAUGUUACCAUAAAUAAAUAAACAAAUACUGUUGCAUUAUUUCUGUUUUUGCCAUUUAAAUGGG